AUGGCAAAUCCAAAAUUAAUGAAAUUGCCGAGCAUGAGAGAGAGGGUUGAGGACACUCUCUCUGCACAUCGCAAUGAACUCGUCUCUCUCCUCUCCAGGUAUGUGGCACAGGGGAAAGGUAUAUUGCAGCCACAUCACUUGAUUGAUGAGCUGGACAACAUCAUCGGUGAUGACUCAUCAAAGAUAAAGCUCAGUGAUGGCCCUUUUGGUGAAGUCUUAAAGUCUGCUCAGGAAGCAAUAAUUUUACCGCCAUUUGUUGCGAUAGCCAUACGGCCGAGACCCGGAGUUUGGGAGUUUGUUAGAGUCAAUGUAUACGAACUCAGCGUUGAGGAGUUGACAGUAUCUGAAUAUCUACGUUUUAAAGAAGAUCUUGUAGACGGCCGACAUGAGGACCAUUUUACGCUCGAGCUCGAUUUCGAGCCAUUCAACGCGACAUUUCCCCGCCCGACUCGCUCUUCGUCCAUCGGCAACGGUGUUCAAUUUCUCAACCGCCAUCUAUCUUCGGUCAUGUUCCGGAACAAAGAAUCUCUCGAGCCGUUGCUCGAUUUCCUUAGAGUCCACAGGCGUAAAGGACAUGUUUUGAUGUUGAAUGACCGAAUUCAACGAAUCUCGAGGCUUGAGGCUCAACUGGCUAAGGCCGAGGAUUAUGUGUCUAAUCUUCCGCUGGACACGCCUUACUCUGAGUUUGAAUACACGUUGCAAGGGAUGGGGUUCGAGAGAGGAUGGGGAGACUCAGCCGGACGUGUCCUUGAAAUGAUGCGUUUGCUCUCAGACAUUCUUCAUGCUCCUGACCCGUCUACUCUAGAGACAUUUCUUGGUCGAUUGCCUAUGGUGUUUAAUGUCGUUAUAUUAUCGGUGCACGGAUAUUUUGGCCAGGCGAAUGUACUCGGUUUGCCGGAUACUGGCGGUCAGAUUGUGUAUAUAUUGGACCAAGUUCGUGCCUUGGAACACGAGAUGUUGCAAAGGAUAAAGAAGCAAGGACUGCAAAUCACUCCUCGUAUUCUUAUAGUUACUCGAUUAAUCCCCGAUGCAGUCGGCACAUCAUGCAACCAGCGAUUGGAGAGGUUAAGUGGAUGUGAGUAUUCACACAUUCUGCGUGUUCCUUUUAGAACCGAGCACGGAGUUCUUCGGAAAUGGAUUUCGAGGUUCGAUAUUUGGCCAUAUCUAGAGAAGUUUGCAGAGGAUGCUGCAGGUGAAAUUGCUGCCGAGCUGCAGGGCGUGCCGGAUUUAAUUAUCGGCAACUAUAGUGAUGGAAACCUUGUGGCUUCCUUACUAUCUCACAAAAUGGGAGUCACUGAGUGCACUAUUGCGCAUGCUCUGGAAAAAACGAAAUAUCCAGAUUCCGACAUAUACUGGAAAAAAUACGAGGAGAAAUACCAUUUCUCGUGUCAAUUCACAGCCGACCUGCUGGCCAUGAACCAUUCGGAUUUCAUAAUCACAAGUACUUACCAAGAAAUUGCCGGGACGAAGAGCACCGUGGGCCAAUACGAAAGCCAUGCGUCUUUCACUCUUCCCGGCUUGUACCGAGUUGUCCACGGAAUUGACGUUUUUGACCCUAAGUUCAACAUAGUCUCCCCUGGAGCCGAUGACUGCAUAUACUUUCCCUACUCUGAAAAGGACAAGAGGCUCACCUCCCUCCACGGAUCGCUCGAGAAGCUAUUAUUUGAUCCUCAACAAAAUGACGAACACAUUGGCGUUCUGAAAGACCCGUCGAAGCCCAUAAUCUUCUCAAUGGCGAGGCUCGACCGGGUGAAGAACAUAACAGGUCUAGUCGAGAUGUAUGCCAAGAAUGCCAAGUUACGGGAGCUGGCUAACUUGGUCGUGGUGGCUGGCUACAUUGACGUUAAGAAAUCGAGUGAUCGGGAGGAAAUAGCCGAAAUUGAGAAAAUGCAUGCAUUGAUAAAGCAGUAUGAGUUGGACGGCCAGCUGAGGUGGUUAACGGCACAGACAAACCGUGCGCGUAAUGGUGAGCUGUACCGCUACAUAGCUGACAAGAGAGGAAUUUUCGUCCAGCCUGCCUUUUAUGAAGCAUUUGGGCUGACUGUGGUGGAGGCCAUGACUUGUGGAUUGCCGACAUUUGCGACUUGCCAUGGAGGCCCACUGGAGAUUAUCGAAAAUGGGAUAUCAGGAUUUCAUAUCGAUCCAUACCAUCCAGAUAAGGCCAGCGUCCUCAUGGCAAACUUUUUCGAGAAAUGCAACGAAGACCCGAGCGUCUGGGAGAAAAUAUCCGAGUCGUCCCUCCGCAGAAUUCAAGAAAGGUACACAUGGAAGAUCUACUCCGAGAGGCUGAUGACUUUGGCCGGAGUGUAUGGAUUUUGGAAACACGUCUCGAAGCUCGAGAGGCGCGAAACUCGCCGGUAUCUUGAGAUGUUCUACAUUCUUAAAUUCCGCGACUUGGUGAAAACUGUUCCUUUGGCUGUGGAUGGUUCAACUUAA